AAGUUUCUUUUUGUGUUUUUGAGGCGCAUAUGGAGAAGAAUCGCGAGAGGAAAAAUUCUCAGCUUAAUCUUAGAGUCUGAUCCCAACCUCAAAAAGGCUGCUUUCAACUUUAGUCGCUUGAUUCGUUUUCUCUGACGAUCACCGUCGUCGAUUCCGCCCAGCUUAGCUUCUUCUUAUUCUUCUUCUUCUUCAACGAUAAUAAUAACUACCAACCCAUAAGAACUUGAUUUAGUAAUCUUCUUCUUCUUCUUGUUCUUUGUAUCCGCUCGCUGUUUCCUCGAUGCCCUCUCGCUCUCCGGUUUCUCGAUCUAGCCGGAAUCCCUUUUUCUUAGUCUCCAAAUCCCGCCCGAUUCACGCGCUGUCACUUCCGAGAUCCGGCCGGAGUUUUGGCCCCUUGUCGCGCGUUUGACUUUGGGUGGAAGGAGAAGAAACGGAACCGAACCGUUUCAGUGUAUUUUUGGGAUCGGCUACAUCUUUCACCCUCUGUUUCUCUUUUUCUUUCUUUCUAUCUUUCUUUCUUUCUCGUCGUGUAUGUCUUUCUUUUAGUUUUUGGGUUUUGGUAUAUGUGUGAAGUGUAACCAAAGCUUCUCUGCUGUCUGCUCUGUUCGGGUCUGCGUCUUUGCUCUUUAAUGUCUUUUGUAUUGAAAGAGAAAAACCAUCUCCAUUUCCUGGGUCUUCAGCUGAUUCUUUGAAGAGUUUGAUUUCCUUACCGUAUCAAAGAACUUUGAUCUGUAGUCCUUUGUUUUUCCUAGAAAAAUAAUUAAAAAAAAGACAAUCCAAGUACCUUCUCUUUUCCUUGGCCUGGGAUGUUAAGAGUGAAGUCUUAGCUAUUGGUCUUAUUUUUUCUUAUUGGGUUUUUGUUUGGUUAGAUUUUUUUGGGGUUCAGGUUUUUCAUUCUUGAGAGUUGGGUUUGCUGAUAGAGUUUGCCGAUGAUACAAAAAGAGUAAAAAAUAAAAAAUCAAGAAAAGGGAAAAAGAUUUGAAUUCUUCUGGGUACAUAUAUAGCUAUGGAGGAGAACAAUAGAAGACCGAAAAUAAUGAGUAACGUGACGAUAGACGAUGUUCUUGAUUUAGUGAUGCUCUACGUACACGACCCAAAAGAUCGUGACACUGCAUCGCUGGUUUGCCGGCGGUGGUACGAGGUGGACGCGGCGACUCGGGAGCACAUAACCAUGGCUCUCUGCUACACCUCCACGCCUGACCGGCUCAGGCGCCGGUUUAGCCACCUCAAGUCCCUUAAGCUCAAGGGUAAGCCAAGAGCCGCCAUGUUCAACCUCAUACCCGAAGACUGGGGCGGCUACGUCACUCCUUGGGUCAACGAGAUCUCAGUCUCUUUUAAGCGGCUCAAGUCUCUCCAUUUCCGGCGGAUGAUUGUGAGCGACUCGGAUCUGAACGUGUUGGCUCGGGCCAGAGAGGACGAGCUGGAGGUCUUGAAGCUUGAUAAGUGCUCUGGGUUCAGUACAGAUGGCCUCCUGUCCGUCGCUCGUUCUUGCAGGAAAUUAAAAACUUUGUUUCUGGAAGAGACUUCAAUUGUUGAGAACGAUGGGGAUUGGCUCCAUGAAAUUGCUUUGCAUAACAAAGCUCUUGAGACUUUAAACUUUUACAUGACAGAUCUUAUCAAAGUCAAUGUCGAAGAUCUUGAACUCAUAGCCAGAAAUUGCCGCUCCUUGGUUUCUUUGAAAAUUAGUGAUUGUGAAAUCUUGGACCUUGUUGGUUUCUUUCGUGCUGCUGCUGCUUUAGAAGAAUUUUGUGGCGGUUCCUUCAAUAUGCAACCUGAAAGAUACUCAGCUGUAACCUUCCCCCCAAAAAUAUGCCGUUUGGGUCUAACAUACAUGUCAAAGAAUGAAAUGCCUAUAGUAUUUCCUUUUGCAUCUAAUCUUAAAAAGUUGGACCUCCUUUAUGCAUUGCUAGACACUGAGGAUCAUUGUCUUUUAAUUCAGAGGUGCCCCAACUUAGAAGUUCUUGAGACAAGGAAUGUCAUUGGAGAUAGAGGACUAGAAGUUCUUGCUCGGAGCUGUAAGAAACUGAAGAGGCUUAGGAUCGAGCGAGGUGCUGAUGAGCAGGGCAUGGAGGAUGAAGAAGGUGUAGUUUCACAGAGAGGAUUAAUUGCUUUGGCCCAGGGCUGCUUAGAAUUGGAAUAUGUUGCUGUUUACGUCUCUGAUAUCACUAAUGCUUCUUUGGAAUAUAUUGGUAAUUACCUGAAAAACCUCUGUGAUUUCCGUCUUGUCUUGCUUGACCGUGAAGAGAGGAUAACAGAUUUGCCACUUGAUAAUGGAGUCCGAGCUCUUUUGAGGGGGUGUGAAAAGCUUAGAAGAUUUGCUCUGUAUCUCCGACCAGGUGGUUUGACUGAUGUAGGCCUUGGUUAUAUUGGUCGAUACAGUGACAACGUCAGAUGGAUGCUUCUAGGUUAUGUUGGUGAGUCUGAUGAAGGGCUUUUGGAAUUUUCAAGGGGAUGCCCCAGCCUACAAAAGCUAGAAAUGAGAGGCUGUUGCUUCAGUGAGCGUGCGUUGGCCGCUGCAGCAUUGCAACUGGCUUCACUGAGGUAUUUGUGGGUGCAAGGAUAUCGAGUAACAUCGGCAGGAACUCGUGAUCUUCUAGUAAUGGCUCGCCCAUUUUGGAAUAUCGAGCUAAUUCCUUCCCGAAAUGUGAUUGUUGAGCAAGUCGGUGAACCUGUGAUGGUUGAGCAUCCAGCCCAUAUACUUGCAUACUAUUCUCUUGCUGGACAAAGAAGAGAUUUCCCACCAUCUGUCAUUCCACUGGAUACAGAAUCCUUACUUACCUCGUAAAGCUGUAUAUAAAACUGUUUCCCACACAUCUCCUCAGCUCCUGUUCAUAGAUUGAUGUAACAUCAUGCGUUUGGUUAGAAGGGUUUUCAAUUUUAGAUUUCAUUUCCAGACAUUUGCCAUGUAAUAAGUUUGAUUUCUCCACUUCUAAAAGCAAUUGGGUUUCUGCUGGGUUACUGACUAUUGGAACCCGUCUCUUGUCAACAGCAGUUAGCUUAAGUUUCAAGAUUUUGACUUGCUAUUGAUGUCCUAAAUCAGUUCUAUCAGAAUUUGUCCUUGUUCUUCUUUA